UUUAAUAUUAUGCCUUUUAACUAUAUCAAUUGGUUGUGUGCUGAGAAGGUAAAAAAGGUUCAGUUUGAGAGUGAGAUUGCUGAAAAUGAGAUUAUUUUGAAGAACCUGGAGGGCACUAGGCAGUAUGAUCAGAAGUUUAAGGAAUGGGAAGAAAACAAGAAAAAGCUUAUUACAAAAGAUGAUGAUUUAUUCUACAAGAAAUGUAAGGAAGCUAUUUCUUCAUGGGUGAAAUCAUUUCCACGCAAUGAUAUUCGAGAAGCUGAACUGAUUUUUGUUCCUGUUCACAAGGAUGAUCAUUAUACUGUCUUGGUGCUGAACAAGAAAGCAAAAAGGAUUGAAAAUAUUGACAAUCGUACAGACAUGAAGGACAUUGAUAGAUAUAAGCAUGAGGAAUUUAACGGUCUUACAUACUUUUGUCGUGCUUUUGAUUCUUUUAUGCAAGAGACUAUGAGUGUCGUGAUUUUGAUCCAAGGACAACAAUUUUGA